GUGUAUUUGUGUAAUAUACUACAUGUAUGUCAUAACUAGCACUUUGUUAUUAUUUGGGGAUUGUGCUUUUCAAAAUAUUUUCCCUGUUCCAUAAAGUGUUUUGGAUAUCUUUUACAGGGCAUCUCAUUCCUCUGGAGAAUUUGUCAAAGAGGAAUGGGUUGAACUGCGCCAUGGUCCUUGGUUGCUUCAUUUGCAAGAAGAAGAGGACAUUCUCUUCAUCAGAAAAUGAAUGCGAAGGACGUGGAAAGUCUGCAGAAAUAAACCGCAGAGCUACUCUGGCAGCAACGGAGGUUGGUUUGGCACGGGAUAGCUUGUGCGACUUGCUGACCAUCCUCGGAACAGCCCCACUAGUCGAAGCCCCUAGCUACAACAGGCACAUAGCCACUUUAUCUUCCUUAUCCCAAGAGACCAGUAAGGAUCAGAAGAAGAAGGUGGCAGCAUGCCUACGUCAAAGGGCCAUGGACAAGGAUCUGACCAUCAGGGAAAAUGAUCAUGUGGACGUGGCAGUGCCCUACGAUGGAACAUGGCAUAGACGAGGUUACACAUCGAAUCAUGGGGUGGGGGUAGUGAUACCGAUCGAUACAGGGGAGAUUGUUUGACACAGAGGGUCUAUCAAAAUCAUGUAAACAGUUUGAGUAUAGAAAGGGUUGGGCCUUCAGUGUUCUCAUCCAGAGGGACCUUGAUCGCCUUCAGAGACUCCAAAAAUGAGCAGCAAGGCUUGUAUUUUCUGCUCCUCUUCGAACUCACAUAUAACCUCUUUGACUUGA